AUGGAUCUCGAGGAAGCGAAACGAAGAUGCCUGGAGGUCCUCACAAGUAUAAAACCCGACCAAGUAUCAGCAUUAGUAGACUAUUUGAGUGAGACUGUCAGGGAUGUAAAGCCAGUAGAUAAUCAAAGAAUAGCAGCAGUCAAAAAGUUACAAAAUAUCAGCAGAAAAUUACGCCACAAGGUUGGUUAGACAGGACAAUGUUUAAUAUUAAUAUCUUCAGACUGAUAUCAGUGGAAAUCUGCCAGGAGAGAAAAUAUUUUGGCCUGUUUCGGGAUCCUUUAGUGACUGUGCUAUUGAUUUGACGGAACAAGUGGAUGCGUUUUUGUACGAUGAAGUACAAUUAGCUGCCUUGAGGGAGAAAAGAGUGUUAAAAGCCGAGAGAUAUUGCGCUGUCUGUAAAUCGGAAGACAUUGUGGAAAGCAAUAUCAUCUCACAUUCCUUGAGCAUCAGUGAAGUAAGGAUCUGAAUGUCUUCUGAGACCAUCUUUUAGUUGGAAUAUCUGUUUUGCGACCUCCUACCUCGAUUUGUGGAAAUGAAAGGAAAGAGUCUGACAGACGUUGGCUCUAGACUCGGGGCCAUUGUAUACGGAGCAUUAGUGUUUUGGUGGGUUAUCUGUCGGUAUUACGUACAUCCUUUUAUUUCAGUCCUGAACUCAAGGAAAUUAAAGGAAUUGAGAUCAGCGAAGGCCAUUGCCAACUUCAAAUGGAGAUUCUGAAUGGUGUAGACUUUGAAAAGAAAACAAAAAUAUUGAAAGGAGACUUCCGAUUAUUUGAAGAUGAUCUCAAAAAUUCAAACAUCAUUACAAUGAACAAUGUUUUCUCAUUCUUUCUCGAUCCAAAUGAGCAGGUCAAAUGUUGGAAUGAGUUAAAGAGAAUACUCCCAUCUGGGGCAAUACUCGUUCACAACCAUUCCAUAGACUAUGUAACCAAUCAUUUGAACCUUGGAUUUGAGAUAGAGGAUUGGGUGGAUGUGGUAAGUUUUGAGUCCAAAGCUGUAGUAAUAAUCUGUAGGUGUUCCCGGACCACCAUGUUUACGCUUAUAUGGAUGAUGAAGAUGACUCCGAACAUAAAUUCUUCGUCUAUCAAAUAAAAUGA